AUGACGAUGGCAGGUGGAAGAUUGAUUCUAAACAGCCAGCAUCCACGACUCGGCCGCUUUACACACUUUAGCCCAGCCGAUCCAUUCACACCGCCGCUCACUCCAUGUAUCGUGGUACUCAGCGGCCAAAUGGGCAUGUUUACAAUUCAAAAGUCUUUUGUACACGGUCUUGUAGUUGGGCGGUCGCUGUUGCGGCAGAAAGUCAAGCUUGUACUGGUUGCCAGGCUGCCGGUGGCCGGCGAUGAUCGACUAAACGUGACGAACACAGCCACUCUAACGGAAUCGCAAUGGUCGGUCGUUCGAUGUGCAACGCCCCUCGAAGUACGGGCACCAUGGGUUGGAAAUGGUUCGACCGACUCUCUAUGGCAUUGGUUACGAUGGAAGGAUGAGGCGUUCGACAUGGCUAACGGAGCCCCGGAGGCACCUUCGGGCCCCUUGUGCGCGGGCUACUGCGUGGAAGCUUUCGUGGAACAGAGGCUUGUUCCACUAUCAACCCCUUGGAGCGUCAUGGCUACCCUAACAAGUAUUAGCGAAGGGCGCUAG